CUCAACUGGCUCUUCUCCGCAUGUGGAGUUAGAGUAGACCCAGCAGACAGGACCAGAGAAUCCUGGCCUCAACCUGUUUUCUUAAAUCAUGGAGCUGACUUAUUUGUCAUUGUUGCCUGUAAUUCCCGGGAAGCACAGGAGUUUUUUAUCAGUAUGUCUGAAACCAUUAAAUAUAAUGAUGAUGAUCAUAAAACUCUGUUUUUGAAAACGCUAAAUGAACAACGCCUGGAAGGAGAAUUUUGUGAUAUCGCUAUUGUGGUUGAAGAUGUGAAAUUCAGAGCACACAGAUGCGUUCUUGCAGCCUGCAGCACCUACUUUAAAAAGCUUUUCAAGGAGCUUGAGGUUGAUAGUUCUUCUGUCAUAGAAAUAGAUUUUCUUCAUUCUGAUAUAUUUGAAGAGGUCCUGAACUACAUGCACACAGCUAAGAUUUCCGUGUAAAAAGAAGAUGUUAAUUUAAUGAUGUCAUCAGACCAUAUCCUUGAUAUUCGAUUUUUGGAUAAACUCUAUUCUCAGAAGCGUGACGUGUCUAGCCCUGAUGAAAAUAACGGCCAGUCAAAAAGUAAGUAUUGCCUCAAAAUAAAUCGCCCUAUUGGAGAUGCUACUGACACCCAAGAUGAUGAUGUAGAGGAAAUUAGAGAUCAGGAUGACAGCCCUUCAGAUGACACAGUAGAAGGCACGCCCCCAAGUCAGGAGGAUGGCAAGUCACCCACGACGACGCUCAGGGUUCAGGAAGCCAUCCUGAAGGAGUUGGGGAGUGAGGAAGUGCAAAAGGUGAAUUGCUAUGGCCAGGAAGUAGAGUCCAUGGAAACCCCAGAAUCAAAAGACUUGGGGUCUCAGACCCCUCAAGCCUUAACAUUUAAUGAUGGGAUGAGCGAGGUGAAGGAUGAACAGAUGCCAGGCUGGACAACAGCCACCAGUGACAUGGAAUUUGAGUACUUGCUCUAUGGCCACCAUUGGGAGCAGAUCGCCUGUCAGGCUUGUGGGAAGACAUUUUCUGAUGAGGGCCGAUUGAGGAAGCAUGAAAAACUCCACACGGCAGACAGGCCGUUUGUUUGCGAGAUGUGUACAAAAGGUUUUACCACACAGACCCACCUGAAGGAACACCUAAAAAUCCACACCGGAUAUAAGCCCUACAGUUGUGAUGUGUGUGGAAAAUCGUUUAUUCGUGCUCCGGACUUAAAGAAGCACGAGCGAGUGCAUAGUAAUGAAAGACCUUUCGCAUGCCACAUGUGUGACAAAGCCUUCAAACACAAGUCCCACCUCAAAGAUCAUGAGCGGAGACACAGAGGAGAAAAGCCUUUCGUGUGUGGCUCCUGCACUAAGGCCUUUGCCAAGGCGUUGGAUCUGAAAAGGCAUGAGAACAAUAUGCACAGUGAGAGGAAGCAGGUGACCCCCAGUGCCAUCCAGAGUGAGACUGAACAGUUGCAGGCAGUAGCAAUGGCCACUGAAGCAGAGCAGCAGUUGGAAACAAUUGCCUGUAGCUAGAAAUGAUGGGACUGGAACAUUGGCCUGUGUGGCAAGCCGUGAGACUGAGUUUGCAUUGUUCAGAAUCAGUGAACACCAGUCACUGUAUUCUUGUGGAAACUUGUGGGACAUUGUACUCACUGGACUAAUGGCAGUGGUUGGUUGGGUGUUUGUAAAACUUUUCAAGGAAAUAAUGUUCCUUGAUUCUGACCAGUUUCACUGUCCCAUCUGGUGUUUAGUAUUACUGUCACCAGUAAGCCCUCCUUCUCUCUUUUUUAUGAUUUUGAAAACUCCUGUGUCCAGUUCAGAAGUGAGAGACUUCUAUUCCAUUGUUACUUUCUCUCUAUACUUGUUGCGCUUGUGAGCGUGUUGCACAGAGUGAUAAUUGAGUAAAUUGAUUUCCCAAUCAUCAGGAUUAUUUGUGA